AAAACAACAACGUACUAGAGAAAAACGCACUUAUACACGUUCAUGGAGAGCGCAACGUAUGUCUCGUAUAAGCGCGCAUGAAUAAAGAAGAUGGCCGCGAAAAACUAUAGAACGUAACUUCAGAGCUCUUGCAUUUCACGUAAUUUUUCUAUAGUUCACAGAUUUGCGAAAAAUAAAAUAGUUUUUCUUGAGUGCCCGCGGUUCAGUUUUUCGAUCAACUAAUUCACCGAUUUUACCCGUCUCAUUCGCGUACCGUACAAUACGAAAAAAAUUAGAUGAAGGAAAAAAACAGACGUUUUAUAGUCGUGUGUCCCGUGUACAGUAUUUUAUUUUGGCAUAUUGAGACUAUAUUUACUUUUUAACUUUCAUUUAUAUGCAUAUAUAACGCGAGUUCAAACUUUAUUCGUUGCGCGAUCGUAUUUCACCAUUUUAUUUACUACACAGGAACAAAAACUCAGUCGGAAAAGCGUUACGGUAAAAAAAACCCGUGCUCAUAAAAUCGAAUUUAAAAAAAGGAAAACGGCAAAAGGAAAUUCAAUUCAAUUUUUCUUGUGACAUAUUUAAUGCGACUGGAUGAUUCGAUUAGUGAAUUUACGUGUGCUGCACCACCAAAGUGAUUUUAAAAUAAAAAAUUUCCCGGAAAAUAUUGGAGGCCCAGGCCUCACUUUAUAUUAAUUCCCAUUCAGUGUUAUACCUACUAAAAUAUACGACAAAAUAAUGUAAUGUGAAACGAAUUGAAAAUUUCCUUUUUUUACGCUAAAAAAAAAGAAAAUUAAAAAGAACGGGGUGGUGCCCAACGGAUUACACACAAAAAAUUAGUGAGGAACAGUGCGAUAAAUCCAUUGAAAUUGUGCAAAAUUGUCCAGCCAGUAAAUAUUUAAUCCCAUUGUUCGAAAUUCGGAUGAAUGGCUCCACAGUGCUAAUUGUUGUAUAAUUUACACACGGGAAUUGCAGUAAAUUUGAUUGUGAAGAUCGCGCUGUACGGUUUUUACAUAAGAAUAUCCGCACGGAAAUUUAUUGCGACGAAGGUUUUUAGUAAGAUUGUCGAUCUGUGUGACCCACGAUUGCUGAAGAAUAAAUUGGAAAAUGUUCAACGUUCGGAUACAGACAUGAAAUUCAGAUGAUAACAGCACAGCCCGAAUACAUAUUCGAUUAGUCUGAACACAACAUCAAGAUUAUGACAAAAUAAGCGAAAUCGAUAUUUUUGUUGUGAGUUAUCCGGUUCCUGCGAUAAAAUGAAAUGAAUAAAACAAAAUAUUAAAAUGAAAAAAUCUAAAAAAAAAAUAUUUAUUUAAGAAUCGGCUCAAAAAUGUAUAACCACCGGAGAGAAUUGUUCAAUUUUAGUAUGAACUGAAUUGGAUGAAUUAAAAUGAAAAUAUUUUUAUUUGCAUUCCAAUAUUUCGAUUUAUGUGCAUACAUUGAAAAGCCCUCCCUUUUAUAUUUUUGAACCGAUUUUUUGAAUGAAUUAAAUUUCAGUGAUAACAGAAAGAAAAACAGUGAAUGAUAAAGCAUAUUGCAAUUGAUGCAAAAAGAGCAAGAGAAAUAAGAGAAGUGAAAAAUUAUCUCUACAUUGAAAUUGCAGAAAUUUCAAUCAAAUAUAUACAUGAAUGUAUAGAGGUUAUUGUGACGAAAGGAAAUAGUUUAAAGAAAAAUAAGAAAAAUUUAAAUAUUAAAAUUAAAAAUAAUAAUUUUUUUUUUAAAUAAAACAACAACAAAAUAUUCUUAAUUCGAUAAAAACAUUGUGAUUCCAUUAUAAUCCAGUGAUAUGACGUGGUUUAUAAAAAUGUUGACGCCGGAAUGAAAUGGAAGCGGCAAUACGUUCAGUGCAGGUUGGGCCGCCUGGCCAAAGAGCCGACACGCAGCCACCACCAACCAUUUCAUAUCAAUCCCGCAUACCAUCCGGAGCAUCGCCCAUUCACAGGCCGGUCGACACUCCACAAUCGUACAAUAAAGGCGGUACCCAACCUUCACAAACAUCGCGUUCAGCUGCAAGUCCAUUGUCUCCACCACGGCCAGGAGGUGCUGCAACAACGUACGCUCCAUUCUCAUCCGGAGUGCCGGCACGCGAAGCUCCCGCUAGAUAUGUCCAGCAAAGUGCGUACAGUACGAUACCCUUUAGAGAAAAUCCCUAUGCACGUGUACCUCAGGUUCCACAACAGGUGGACUAUAUGCGUGCAGCACCAUCGGUACCAAAUAGUUUAUCAGUAUCUGUGGGACAAUCCAGUGCGAUGGAAACAGCAACGCCACCACGACCGCGAAUAUCUCUUCUGCCACACGCAACCGAAUACUUGCCGCCUCGAUAUAUAGCACCGCCUGAUCCUGGAGGACAACCUGCCUUUAAGAAAAUUCGUCUCGGCGAUCCGUCAACGAAUGCAACCCCACCAACUUUACUUAAUGUCGACACUCGUGAUCCACCGUCGACUGGGGCUUACCAUCCGCAAGUGGAGGCAAUAUCACCAACACUUCCCAUAAACGAUCCAGCCGAGGAGUUCCGGACGACCAAGGAUGAACUACUGCAGCAAAUUUCGAAGGUCGAUCUGGAGAUUGUUAAGGCUGAGAAGGCAAUCACUAAUUUGAAAAAGAAAGAAGUGUCACUGGAGGAGACAACGGCAAAGCCGGCUGCUGUUGAAGAAAAUCAAGAGGUGCAACCUAAGCACCGCAGCUUAGCACAGAAAAUUUAUGCAGAUAAUCGGAAGAAAGCUCUUGAAGCCCAUCGAAUUCUGUCGGCAUUGGGUCCACCGGUUGAAUUGCCACUGUACAAUCAACCGUCUGACGUGGAUGUGUGCAAAGAAAUUAUUCAACAGCAUCAGGCGUUUAAGUCGAGAUUGUUAAUGCAUUUGAGAAAAAUUAAGGCUGAACGGGCAGCUAAAAAUACAGCGCUGGCCGAGAAAUAUACUCAACUGUCCCAGGACUGGUUGAGGAGAGUGGAAAAAAUCGAAUCUAGUGCUAAACGAAAGGCGAAAGAAGCCAAAAAUAGGGAAUUUUUUGAAAAGGUCUUUCCGGAACUUCGAAAGCAACGGGAAGAUAAGGAGAGAUUCAAUCGAGUGGGUUCUAGGAUAAAGUCGGAAGCUGAUCUCGAAGAAAUCAUGGACGGUUUACAAGAACAGGCAAUGGAAGAUAAGAAAAUGAGAUCAUACGCUGUGAUACCGCCACUGAUGCUGGAUGCAGCGCAAAGGAGGUGUGUUUUCUAUAACGAAAAUGGGGCAUUACAGGAUAUGGAGGCCGAUUUUAAGGAGCGGAAAAAUUUAAAUGUUUGGACGGCUGGUGAAAAGGAAGUAUUUAAAGAAAAGUUCUUGCAACAUCCGAAAAAUUUUGGCGCCAUUUCUGCUAGUCUAGACCGCAAAAGUGCACAGGACUGUGUACGAUAUUACUACCUCAGCAAAAAAACUGAAAAUUUUAAACAAUUACUGCGAAAGUCCAGACAACGAACGAGAAGUUCGCGUAAUCCACAGAAGUCCAAUCAAUCACAAUCACAGUGCAUUGUUGACGCUCUAACCACUGGCGUCACGACUAGACUUCAACGUGAACAACAACAAAAGACUGGCGGACGAGAUCGUGCCGCAAACUCAACCACAUCAUCAGCAACAUCGACCACUAUAACAACCAACAAUUCAGUAAAUUCCAAUUCAUCAACAUCACCGCCAGUACAACUCACUGCAACCACAACUGGCCAAUCGUUACCCUUUUCAUCCAGUUCAAUAUGUACACCUGCAUCCGUACCGACAACUUCAUCUGAUAAUUCGAAUUCCCUUGAUACGACAACAACAAUAACCACAAUAGGAGCGGCAGCAACUGUUAACUCAACGACAACCAAUCCGCUCAGCACGGACACAUCGCCGGAGCUCAGCACGAAACCAUCAAUAUGCAAUGUACCGCAUGUAGAUACAAAAUUAACCGAAGAAAACCUAGCAAAUGAUACGCAACCAUCGCCAAUGGAUGUGUGCGCAGAUGCAGUACAGUCAGUCAGUGCUACAACCACAACCGGUAGUGUAACAUCGACGAUAGCAUCGACAACAUCCAAAUUAUCGGUGCCGACAUCAACGCCGACAGUAACAACCGCCACAUCCAGUUCGUUAGCAAGUGAGAAAGAACAAAUUCCCUUAACCAAUGCAUCGACAACACCGCCACUCGUUACACCAGCUACAAUUCCGUCAGCUGACGUUGCAACAACUACAACAACAACAUCAAGCAUUGCAACAAUAUCGGCACCGUCAAAUCAAUCGACCAGCAAACAACCACCGGUUAGCACGACAUUUGUAAAUGUGACGAUAACAAACACACCGAACGGCGUCAAAACGGAAAUUGUGACAUCGCUGGCAAAAUCGUCAACCGGUGGCAUUCUGGUUAAUUCGGAUGGCUUAGGGAAGGAACUGAUAAAAGACGAAUUUAUUAAGGCUGUGGAUGGGGGUGGAUCGUCGUCGUCGUCGAUUUUGAACGCAACGAAUUUCAAUGAAAUUCAUGAAGAUGUUAAGGAAGAGGUGACGAGUGAAACGAAAAAACGACGAAAAGAUCCGUCAGAAUCAACAACCGAAGAGGACAAUGGUGCGCCUGAAUGUAAAGAAAAAAUUCUUCCCUGCUUUGUGUGCAAAGAAGAGCUGUGCAUACGAACUCGUCCAUUGGAAAAAGGUCGCGGUCAACAGUAUGGUAUACCCGACGAUCAAAUUCCACCCGGUGCUCGUGUAUGCAGUUCGUGUCAAUGCAAAUCCGUUCGUAAUCGAUACACCAGCUGUCCGUUGCCAACCUGUCCCAAUCCGAAAGAUCAUCGUGUCAAACGGUUCCGCAAUCUUCCACCGCGACUGUUCGAAUUGGCACCCGAAAUUCGUGAUCCGUUGAUGCAAGAAUUUCAGAUACCGCCCAAUGUUUCAAAGUGUUGUUCGGCGUGUUUGAUUAAGAUAAAACGAAAGAUGGGCCAUCAUUUGCUCGGCACGAAUUUGACGGAUGAGGAAAUUGCCAAAUUUAAACAGCAACUUCAAGAUGUUGGCCCGAAAUGGCAACAGUUGGCCGAAAGUUUGGGCAAAUCGGCUGUUGCACUGAAGAGCUUCUAUUAUCAUUGCAAGAAAAAAUAUUCGUUCGACGUUGCGUUAAAUGAAUACUUCAAGCUACAUCCGAAUGAGGAUCGACGCCCGGUGGUGACCGACGGGGACGAAUCUGACAUGAGUGCAUCAUCAGGCGAUGAACGUGAAGCGGGUAGUGAUACUGCUUCAGCAGAAAGUCCGAAUAAUCCCGGUCAGUCUACUAUCAUCAAGGAAGAAGUUCAAAUCAUUGACGCAAUUGCCCCUCCUACAAGCAAACCGUUAUUUGAAGACGAUCGAUUGCUUCCACCAGUUGCUCAAGCUCCAAGGAAACAAAAAGCUUUGGAAGAAUACGACAGCUCUGCGACUGAAACUGCUGACGAAGAGAAUGAAUCGUCGCCUGCAAAUCGUCACAGUCCCAAAGUUUUGUUGUAUCCAAACCAAACCACAAUAACGAUGGUUCCAUCCACAAUGCAAAAUGGACCCAGAGAUUCUGUUGGAAGUUCUGAGCUUAAUAUGCGUGAUGUUAUGUUGAAUGUGAUAGAAAGAACAUUGAAAACUGGUCAACAGCCUCCACCACCAAAACCAAAUCCUCCAGCGUCGAUGAAGCAGUCAAUCGAUUCACGACCGGAUAUUACGUUUGUCCGAGAAUAUCGCAAUGAAGUUCCAAAACAAGUGCAACAAACCCAUACCACACAAUCCACUCAACAGCUGCAGCAGCCGAGCGCUCAAUUACAGCAAAUUCACCGUCCAAGUCAGCCAGAAGGAUUGGCCACUUUAUCAGUAGUCAAUUCACAUGGACACUCCCAGCAAGUGUUAAACCAUCCUCACACAAUUUCAACUCAAAUAGCAGCAACAAUUACUCCUGUUCAUCCGAGUCCAUCGCAACAACAAUCCAAUUCACAGCAACAACAACAGCAAUCGACAUCCUCACUGGAUCAUCACCAGCAGCAGCAGCAACAACAACAACAACAACAUCAGCAGCAGCAGCAGCAGCAGCAGCAAAGGACUGACCUAGAACCACAAACGCUUGAUUUGAGCAUUAAGAAACCUUCGAGAGAAAGCUUUCCUCCACCAGCCCAUUCGAAGCUUCCUCAAAACACCGGUGUCACCAUGUACAGUAGAGAUCCUCAUACAACAAAUAAUUCGCAAAACAUUCCAGCACAGAAUUCCGCACCAUUUCUCAGCUAUCAUCCUGACAUGUCCAGGUCCAUCAAGUCACCAUCGGUGUACGUAUCCACCGUUCCCAGUCAAAUUUCAAUAUCUCAACAGCCGCAGCCCCACAAUAUGCAAAGCCAUAGAAAUCAACAAUCACAACAUCAAAUUUCACAACAACAACAGCAACAACAACAACAGCAGCAGCAACAACAACAACAGCAACAAAAUUUGUCAAAGGCGAAAUUAACCCCGAAAUUGAGUCCAAAAAUGCAACAACAACAACAACCUACCCAACAAUCUGGACCGAAGGGAUCCAUCACACAUGGCACUCCUGUUAAUACAGUCGGUCAAACCAUUCAUGUUCAAAGCUCGACCACACACAGUCCACGAUUCGAUAGCAUUCUACGACAAACGCCACCCAACGCCGACAAACUCGGCUCGAUAACGCAAGGCACACCCGUUCAUUUGCCGUCGCAUCACCUUCCCGAUAAACGAGUCUACGAUUUCCACAAGAAUAAUCGUUACAGUCCAGCUCAACCUCCAUCGCAACAACCGAAUUCUCAGUCGUCGACAUUUGGAGCUUAUCCACGGACGGCAGCUUACCCAUUGGAUCAGCAACAACAACUAAGUUCGCGGCAAAUCAUCAUGAACGAUUACAUUACAUCGCAACAAAUGCAUGGACAGCGAGGUGGCCAACGUUCGGAUAAAGAAUCACCAUCCCCAAGAUCUAGUUCGAUAGCUGGAUCGCCGGCAUCUCUUUACUAUGAAAAAGAACAACAGCGAUCAAGGGCCGAGUAUAUGAGUCGUGCAUCACCAGCUGAACACACGAAUAGCACACCAAGUCCGCACAGAACACCACCACCUCAGCGACAGGGUGUCAUCCAAAGGCACACUGGUUCAAAGCCUCCGAGUCCUGCUGCCAAUCGCAUGCAUAUUUUACAGCAGCAUCAUUAUCCACCUCCUGGUCAUGAAGCCUUUUCGUCUCUCGUUGAUGUAGCCGUUCAGCAACCACUUUUGCCUGUACCCCACAAAGACGAAAAACGACAGUCCGUUAAUGUUUCUACUCCAGCUGAACAUGUCGCUGCUCAUCACGAUAUUCGUUAUCAUCAAAUUGCUCGUGAACAAAUGGCCAACGCAUCGUUGCAAAUUCAUCAACAACAACAACAGCAAAUACGCCAGCAUCAGCAGCAGCAGCAACAACAACACCAGCAGAACCAACAUCAAAUGGACCUACAAUUGCAACGACGUCAACAACAACAAUCCCAGACUGCCUACAGGGAGCAACUGGAGAGGGAACGUCGCGAAGAACAGUAUCGAUUACAGGAACGUCAAGAUCGACAUGCACAGGUUGAAAGAGAACGAGCCGAACGACAUCAUCAUCAGGAACGAAUGGCUGCAGAAAGAGAUCGCAAUAUGCAAAUUGAACGAGAGAGAAUGGAUCGGGAAAGGAUCGAUCGGGCUAGGGAGCAAAUCGCACAAAGCCAAAAUCUGCUCGAAGAACAAGAACGUGAGAGGCGAGAGGCAAACAGAUUGUUGGUUAGUGUUGCCGGACCCGGUUACAUGAGAGAUCCUUCUGCUAGGGGAUUGGCCGAUAGGGACAGGGAGAGAGAACGACCCGUCGGACCCAGAUCGUCCACUGAUGGAACAUUGACGGCAGCCAAUUUGAUUGAUGCAAUCAUCACCCAUCAAAUCAAUCAAAGUGUGUCUGACCCACCUACUUCAAUGGGACGCGAUGGACACAGACCAAACUUUUUCACCGCUCGUGACAUUCAUCAAUCCAUCACGGAAAACAACGGAAAAUCUCAUUCCCCCAAUGUAAUAAACAUCGAAUUGGAUUCCGACCGAAGCAGGGCGCAAGUUGUAACAAAAAGUAUAACGUUGGGCGAACUGACCGAUUCCAUAAUCGCCAAAGAUUUCGGUCCACAUCCGUUCAUGCCGUUGCGUCAACCGUUCAUGCCAUAUCAUCAGGAUAGCAUUGUGACAACCGACCAAUGGAAGUACAAUCGUCGCUUACAACAACAAGCAAAGGACGAACAGCAGCAACAACAACAGCAUCAUCAACAACAGCAGCAGCAGCAUCAACAGCAGCAGCAGCAACAACAACAACAACAGGCCACUUCGAAUAAGAAUUCGUCCGGACGCUCUUCCGUUCCCGACGAACGUCAAAUCAUCCGAAUGGCUCAACCGCCCAGCCCGCGCAACAAACAAUUCCACGAAUCUGCUUCACCACCCGAUGGCCAUUUCUAUCAAAUUGCAGCACCGACCAUGCAAAAUAUGAACCGUACCGUUCAACCACCGCCACAAUCGCCGUUCGCUUUGCAUUGCUAUGUGAAAAAUCGCAUUGUCGAAGCAAUGCGAACCGAAGACGAGAAGCGAGCCGACGAGACCGGUGCCCACGACCGACGAAUCACUCCGCAAUCGCAUCACAAAGACAACGAUCGCAGUUCGACACCGGGCGAAAUGAUAAUCGACGAAGAUGUCAUUCCAUCAUCGUCAGCAUCGGCCAGCGAUCAUCACACUGUUCAGUACACCCAACCGCCAGUGACUUCAUUCGCUCCGACAGCGACCUACACAUAUCCAUUUGUUUCGUCCGGGGCUGGUAGCGUUCAACUAUCGCAAUCGAUGCCACCGAGUGCACAACAUCUAGAUGAGCAGAAGAGGAAUUCGCAACAGGAACCGAAACCGUUGCUGUUAGCUCAAUAUGAGGCUCUGAGUGAUGAGGACUAGUGAUUGUGGUUUCGUUGCGAUAAGAAUGACGAAUUGUCCGGCUGAUGAUUGUGACAAAAAAGAGAGGGACGAUGUAGUAGGUUGUGACAAACUAAACAAACUUUAAUGUUAAUGGCAAUGUUUAUUUUACAAUAACUAAGUGAAAAAGCCGACAGUGAUGGUCACGUCAUCUGGUCAUUACUCGGCUAGUCUUUUUUUGUUAUUUUUUUUUCUUUUUAAUUUAAUUCGUUCACAGAAGUUGGACCGAAAUGUGAGUCCGUUGGUAAAAUGUUGCGUAAGACAUAAAUUAAGUCCUGAUGUAUCAUUUCUGAUUAACAAAAGUAAUAUUUCCACAAAAAGAAGAUGUUUGGUUGAUUUAUCUGGGGAAGAGCGUGUCGCAAAUUCGUGUGACUGGGAUAAUUGCCAGUUUCUGAAGCCACUCUCAUUUUUAAAGUCUGGCUACAACGAAAUUGGUUUACCUGCGACAGUUCAGUGAUUUUGCAUUUUAAAUUAAAGUGACGAAUCGUUAUAAAUUGUGAUAUGGAAUUAGUUUGACUUUCGGUUUAAAUUUUAGCAUGCAAUCGGUUGACCCGUACAUACCGAUGGGAUGCUUGGCCGAUGUAAAGUGUGUGUUUCCGUUUUCAUUUUUUUUUUGUUUGGUAAAGUUUCUGUAAAUAGUUUAAAUUUAAGCGAAUGGGACACGAUUUUAAUGCGUGCAAAAUGGAAGUGAAAUAUUAAUUUUGGACACCCCCGUUGGGAAUUAUAGCACGUUGCUGAAGCAGAAAAUAUUUAUUUUUUUCUGAGUUUCGAUUAACAUCUCAUUCUCCCUUGGUUCACCGUUUUUUGCUAUUCGGUUACACGAAAACUUGUUGACAUUUUCGACACUCGGCUUAUUUCAUCCAUUCAUUCUGACAUCGAUCUUAAUGGUGGGUGAAGGUAACUGAACAAAGAAAUAUUUUUUUCAUACUCAAUUCGGUCACUUGAUGAUUAUCCUCUCCUAAGAAAAACGCUUUUCCUAACAAGUUAAAAGAAAAGUAAAAACCUCGUGCGCUGCUUAACCAUUAAGAGUUUUCAUGUUUUUCUACUUAUUAAAUGUUAGAAUUCAGGCCCGUCUUGAUAUACAGUCUCGGAAUUAUAAGAAGUAACAAAUGCAAGCAUUCCACAUGCAUUACCAACGUUACGACAUAUAGUAUUACGUGUAAAUCGUAUGUGGAGUCUCAAUACCGUCGAAUGGAUUGUAAUUGUUGAAAAUGAACCUUCUGAUAAUUCUUCCACCGUAACUCCGACUCGGUCGAGAAAAUUGUAACUCCUAACUGUUGAGACAUUGCGUUCAAUUUUUAUUUUGUGUGUUACAUGUCUUAAUUGACGCCGCAGGUGCGCUGAAAUUUCAAAAUGAAAAUUGAUAAGCGCUAAACGAACGCAGCUUUAUUGGAGUUGCUUUGGAAAUUUUAUUCAUUUAGGUUCAUCCACUCAAAUAUUGACGAUUUUCUUGACGUUGAUCCAAUGUAAUGGCCAUUCCGGUGACAGUAGUUAGAUCAAUAUGGGAAGAGAAUUUGGAAAGGGAAGAGAAGAAUUCUUUUCGAAUGAAUAAUGGAGCCAAAAUGAGACAAAGUGAAAUUAUGGGGGGAAAUUCAAUGAAUCGAUAUUGUCUGCUGCGAAAUUGGGAAGAAAAUGUGAAACUCAUCACAAUAAAAACCGACAAGAUGUUGCUGGUUUUGUCAAGGCUGUAUACAGCCGUGGGUUUUGUUGGAAGGGAAAGAAGUGAAUAAAUAAAUAAAACAAAAUAAAAAAUGAUAAAAAAUCUAGUGGAUAAAUGUAAAGCUGUAAUUUGUAAUAAAAGAAAACAAAAAUUAUGAAAAAUGAAAAAAAAUGGAAUAAAAUGUAAAUUACUGUAAGUAUAAAAGUAAAAUAUUAAACAAACAUAAAAUAAAGUAAAAGCAAAUUAAUGUUAAUGGAUUAAUUGGCUGAGACACAAUAUAUAUAUGAUGGAUGGAUAUAAAACAGACAAAAAAAAUGAAUUAAAAAAAUAUUAAACUGGACUCUAUAUAUAUACAGAAAUAUAUAUUAAUAAAUAAAUAAAUAAAGAGAAAGGAAGGAGAAGAAAAUAAAAAUUAAAUGAAAGAAAAAAUUAAUUAAAAAAAAAACAAAAAAAAAGAAAGUAAAAAACACACAGAAAAAAAUAUAUUAACUAUAGAUAACUUAGAUAGGCAACAACACUAGACAACUACUGUAAAUAAAUUUAAAAAAUUCAAACAACAA